AUGGCCGAAGCCGACGAUAACUUUGAUAUUGAUAUCUAUGGCGAUGGUGGUGGCUACAAUGCGAAUGAAAAUGAGCAAGGAGACUACAACAAGGAUGAGCCGGAACUGAUACUGGAUGCCCCUGAUCAUAACGCAAAUGGAGUCCAAGAUAGUGCCUCGGCGGACCCCCACUACAGUAAUGAGGAUGGGAAUACGGCCAACGGCCAUGACCAGGCCCCAGAUGCAGAAACCGUGAACCAAGAAGAAGCCGCUCCUAGUCAGACACCCCAGCAAGGCCAGAAACGCAAAGACAUGGCCGACGACCGUCCCACGGACCCUGACGCCACCACUGCCCUCUUUGUGUCUGACCUGUUUUGGUGGACCACCGAUGAUGACAUCCGUGGCUGGGUCAAACAGGCUGGAUGUGAGCAAGAGUUGAAAGAUGUAACCUUCAGUGAGCACAAGGUGAACGGGAAGAGCAAGGGACAAGCCUACGUCGAGUUCACCUCUCUCCAAGCCGCCACGGCGACCAAACAUUUUAUCGAGUCCUUCUCUGCGUCUGGGCAGACUGGGAGAAAGCACAACGUCACCUAUGCCAACCCUCACCAAAACCCCUUCCGCACACUUCCCAAGGAUGCACCGCAGCGCAAGGAUGAACGCCAGCGGGCUGCUCAAGGAUUCAACGCACCUAUGAACCAGAACAUGAACUUUGGCAUGAACAAUAUGGGAGGCUUCCGUGGUGGCCGCGGGGGAUUCAACCGGGGUGGCAUGGGCAACAACAUGGGUGGAUUUAACAACCGCAACUUCUCGGGUCCGAUGGGAGGCUUCCAGGGCCCCAUGGGCGGAGGCUUCCAAGGAGGACCAAUGGGCGGCAUGCAGAACUACGGUGGCUUCAACAACCGUGGUGGAAACAUGAUGGGCGGGAUGCGUGGAGGACCUGGGGGGAUGCGUGGCCGUGGCGGUGGCAUGGGCCCGAACAUGAUGGGCAUGCCGGGGAUGAAUCCCAUGGGCGGAAUGGGGAUGAACGCGAUGGGUGGCGGGAUGAACCCGAUGAUGGGCAACAUGGGCAUGCAAGGCCAAGGCGGUUUCCAGAAUCCCAAUUUCAACACUGGCUUCUUCCCGCAGAACCAGGGCGGUGAUGGUUCGUGGAACCCGCACGGUGCGAAACGGACUCGACAGGAGUGA